GCAGCAACGCGCGUCAGGGUGAAGUAGCCGUGUCCGGAGUAUCGAGGAAGAUCGCAGCUCGCCGGGCCCCGGCUUGGACCACGCGUCGCGGGCGGUACGGCCGCUGCUGUCAGCUGACAGCUUAGGCUGGAAUCCGCGGCCGUCGUUGUUCGCCGGCGCGGCGCGCGCUGGUGACGGCGCCGCCGGCCGUGCCGUGCGCGCCCACGGCCGGCGACAGCGGCUCCCCGGCCCGUGGGUCCGGCUGGCCACCCCCGCGGCCGUCGGAAGCGAGCUCGCCCGCGCGGCGGCCGGGAGCACACCCACACAUACGAGAGAGGCACGCCGGCGGCGCGCGCCGCGCGAGGACACACACACGAGCGACGACCCUCACGCCGUCCGAACGCGCAGGUCAUUCGAAUCGCCUGACGUCGCCGCGCGUUUCGACGAUGCCGCUCCGCCGCCUGACCAUGCCGAGCGCCAUGCGCGUGCUCGGCCUGUUAGCGUCCGUGAGGGCACUCCAAUUCACCCCCAAGGCGCGCCCUUCUUUAAGGGUUUUCUCGAGCGCCGAGACCGAAUUAACGAUCGACCCCAUCGCCGUGACGACCGAAGGCGAAUACUCCGCCAACGAGAUGGCGCCCGACGUCGCGGUGGAAAAGGCCGAGCGCUUCCGCGCCAUCAACGCGAAGGACAUGGACAAGCUCGCCGACAAGUAUCCUCGACUGAAAGACAAGGUCGUCGACAUCAAAAGAUCGGCCUUAAUCUUCCCGUUCAAGGCCUCGCCGUACCUCGUCGACGAACUUAUUGAUUGGGACAUGGCCGGUGCGUAUCUCGGCGUUUUGAGGUGUAGAGGCGCCUUCACGCCAUCGAGGCGACUCGUCUCCAGGAGAGGAGGUCGUGGCUGGUUUUAUUUUCGAUUCUGAGCCGUUUCGGACCGCGUCGGACCGCGACUCGCGCAGGCGACAUCGGCUUGGAUCCGUUCUACAAGCUGGUCUUCCCGACGAUGGACAUGCUCACGCAGGAGCACCAGGACCUCCUCAACAACGCGUGCGACGCCGGCGACCCCAAAGAGAUCAAGGCGACGGUCGAGAUCAUCCGGGAAGCGUUAAACCCGCACCCCGCGGGCCAGAAAACUCUGAACGCCCCGAAGAAGGCCGAACUCACGGGCGUGCAGCACAAGUACGCCGAGACGGUCCUCUUCUUCGCGGCCGCGGCGCAGACGUGCCACGCCUACUGCACGUACUGCUUUAGAUGGGCCCAAUUUAUUGGAGACGCGGAUUUGCGGUUCGCGCAAAAGGACGCGGACAGUCUCUUCGAUUAUUUGGAGGAGCACGAGGAGGUCUCGGACAUCCUCUUCACGGGCGGCGACCCCAUGAUCAUGAAGACGAACAUGUGCGACUCUGCGCGGAAAUGAUUUUCAAAUGCCGUUUCACGCCGUCGACGCGACUCGCCUCCAUCUCACAAUGAAGUGGGUGGUCUCCGGUCCAAAUUUGACACCGUACACAACGCAGGCUCAAGCAGUACCUCGAGCCCUUCAAGGACCCCGACCACCUGCCCCACGUCAAGAACCUGAGGAUUGGUACUAGGGCAUUAACCUUCUGGCCGCAGCGCUUCACCACCGAUCCGGACGCCGACAGUCUCAUUGAGUUGUUGAGAGACGUCAAGGAGGUCGGCGGCCGCCACAUCGCCAUCAUGAGCCACCUCAGUCACUACCGCGAACUCAGUACGAAGAAGGUCCAGGACGCCAUUCACCGCUUGAAGCAGGAGGGCGGCGUCAUCAUCCGGUCGCAGUCGCCGGUCAUGGCGGGCAUCAACGACGAUGCCAGAGUGUGGAACAAGAAGUGGAAGGAGGAGGUCCGGUUGGGCAUCAUCCCGUACUACAUGUUUAUUGCCAGAGACACGGGCGCGCAGGCGUAUUUCAACGUACCGCUCGUGCGAGCCCAAAAGCUCUACUCGGAAGCCAUCCGCUCCACGAGUGGACUGUGCCGAACGGCGCGCGGCCCGUCCAUGUCGUGCACGCCGGGCAAGGUCGAGGUCGUCGGCGUCCAGGAGGUCCAGGGGACCGAGGCCUUCGUCCUGCGCUUCCUCCAGUGCCGCGACGACGAGUGGAUCGGGAAGGUGUUUUUCGCGAAGUUCGACCCCAAAGCCAUCUGGUACGACGACCUCGAGCCGCUGCCGGGCAUGUCGCUGCCCUGGGAGGAGGCGGGCCUGCCGAGACCUUGUGUGGAUGAGCCCUGCCAGGUCGAGUGGAUGGACGAGUUCCUCGAGCCGGUGUACCCGCUGGAGGUUGUUUAGGCGUCGCGUUACGUGGUCGCCCCACCACCCCCUCUCGUAACGACCGAUUCUAUUGUA